AUGGGGGCCGCCCGCCACAGGAGGAGGAGGCGGAGGCGGCGCGCCGCGCACGACUCGCCUUCCUGGCUCCACUCGGACUCAGUUGUAGCCACCUACCUGGCGAAGAUGGCCACCCCGCUCACGGACCACGAGAAGCGCAAGCAGAUCAGCAUCAGGGGCAUCGCGGGUGUGGAGAACGUGGCGGAGCUGAAGAAGGGCUUCAACCGCCACCUCCACUUCACGCUGGUCAAGGACCGCAACAUCGCCACUCCGCGGGACUACUACUUCGCCCUGGCCCACACCGUCAGGGACCACCUGGUGGGCAGGUGGAUCCGGACCCAGCAGUUCUACUACGAGGCGGACCCCAAGCGAGUCUACUACCUCUCCCUGGAGUUCUACAUGGGCCGGACUCUGCAGAACACCAUGAUCAACCUGGGCCUGCAGAACGCCUGCGACGAAGCCAUCUACCAGCUGGGGCUGGACAUGGAGGAGCUGGAGGAGAUGGAGGAGGACGCCGGGCUGGGCAACGGAGGCCUGGGCAGACUGGCAGCGUGCUUCCUGGACUCCAUGGCGACGCUGGGUCUGGCGGCGUACGGGUACGGCAUUCGCUACGAGUACGGGAUCUUUAACCAGAAGAUCAGAGACGGCUGGCAGGUGGAGGAGGCCGACGACUGGCUGCGCCAUGGAAACCCCUGGGAAAAGGCUCGUCCAGAGUACAUGCUGCCCGUUCACUUCUACGGCCGAGUGGAGGAGACACGGGAAGGGUCCAAGUGGGUGGACACUCAGGUGGUGCUGGCCAUGCCGUACGACACCCCCAUCCCUGGAUACAUGAACAACACCGUCAACACCAUGAGGCUGUGGUCGGCUCGGGCCCCCAACGACUUCAACCUGAGAGACUUUAACGUCGGGGACUAUAUCCAGGCGGUUCUGGACAGAAACCUGGCAGAGAACAUCUCGCGAGUGCUGUACCCCAACGAUAACUUCUUUGAAGGCAAAGAGCUGCGUCUGAAGCAGGAAUAUUUUGUGGUGGCAGCAACACUCCAAGACAUCAUCCGUCGCUUCAAGACCACCAAGGACGGGGGCCCUCGUCGCACCUCCUUCCAGAGCUUUCCAGAAAAAGUGGCCAUCCAGCUGAACGACACCCACCCGGCCAUGGCCAUCCCCGAGCUGAUGAGGAUCUUUGUGGACAUGGAGAAGCUGGACUGGGACACGGCCUGGGACCUGACCAAGCGCACCUUCGCCUACACCAACCACACCGUCCUCCCCGAGGCUCUGGAGCGCUGGCCGGUGGAGCUGCUGGAGACACUCCUGCCCCGGCACCUGCAGAUCAUCUACCAGAUCAACCAGAACCACCUGAACAAAAUCGCCGCUCUGUUCCCCGGCAACGUGGACAAGCUGAGGAAGAUGUCUCUGAUCGAAGAGGACGGCUGCAAGAGGGUGAACAUGGCGCACCUGUGCAUCGUGGGCUCGCACGCCGUCAACGGCGUGGCAGAGAUCCACUCCCGCAUCAUCAAGGCCGACGUGUUUCGUGACUUCAGCGAACUGGAGCCGGCGAAGUUCCAGAACAAGACCAACGGCAUCACUCCGCGCCGCUGGCUGCUGCUGUGCAACCCCGGCCUGGCUGACCUCAUCGCAGAGGUGAUCGGGGAGGACUACGUGAAGGACCUCAGUCAGCUGCAGAAGCUGAAGGACUUUGUGGACGAUGCCGCCUUCAUCCGGGACGUGGCCAAAGUGAAGCAGGACAACAAGCUGAAGUUCGCCCAGUACCUGGAGAAGGAGUUCCGGGUGAAGAUAAACCCGUCGUCCAUGUUCGACGUCCAUGUGAAGAGGAUCCACGAGUACAAGCGGCAGCUGCUCAACUGCCUGCACAUCAUCAGCAUGUACAACAGCAUCAGGAAGAACCCAGCCGCGCCUUUCGUUCCUCGAACCGUGAUCAUCGGAGGAAAGGCUGCUCCUGGCUAUCACAUGGCAAAGAUGAUCAUCAAGCUGAUCACCUCCGUCGCUGACGUGGUCAACCACGACCCCGUGGUGGGAAACCGGCUGAAGGUCAUCUUCCUGGAGAACUACCGCGUGUCUCUGGCUGAGAAAGUGAUUCCAGCCACAGACCUGUCCGAGCAGAUCUCCACCGCGGGCACCGAAGCUUCAGGAACGGGCAACAUGAAGUUCAUGCUGAACGGAGCUCUGACCAUCGGGACCAUGGACGGCGCCAACGUGGAGAUGGCAGAGGAGGCCGGCGAGGAGAACCUCUUCAUCUUCGGGAUGAGAGUGGAGGACGUGGCUGAGAUGGAGGAGCUCGGGUAUGACGCCAUGGUCUACUACAAGAAGAUCCCGGAGCUGAAACAAGUCAUGGAUCAAAUCACCAGCGGAUUUUUCAGCCCCAAAAAUCCAGACCUGUUCAAAGACCUGACGGAGAUGCUCUUCAAGUACGACCGGUUCAAAGUGUUUGCAGACUUUGAGGAUUACAUGAAGUGCCAAGAGAAAGUCAGCCGACUGUACCAGAACACCACCGCGUGGACCAAGAUGGUGAUCCGGAACAUCGCAGCCACCGGGAAGUUCUCCAGCGACAGAACCAUCUCCGAGUACGCCCGGGAGGUGUGGGGCGUGGAGCCCACCGACCUGAAGAUCCCGGCGCCCAACGAGCCCCGGGAGGCCAUCGAAGAAACGGCCCGAGCUCUGAAGAAGCUGUGAGGACCAGCCUCGGACAACUGCUCCCCGCUCCAUUCCUCUGUGUGUGAGCACUGCCUGCCGCCGCUUCACAAGCGCUUCUGUAUCGUGCUGAAUAAACGCUCACCAGCCGCUUCAA